AGAAACCCCCCCGAAAAGAGAGGGCCGAAAAAUUGCCCAUCUCCCGAAAUAGUUCGUAUCAAAAACCGCAAGAUCCCCCUCCCCCGCAACAAAAAAAUCACAACGAACACAGAUCAAUCCCAUCCCCAUCGGGAUUCCGUUUUCUCAUCCCCCACGCAAAGAAACCAAUCAUCACGAACCGUGUUGCUUGCCCUCCUCCCGAUAGCCUGCAUUCCCGUUCCACGAUCCCCGUGUUCGAAUCGGUAGGUUUCCGAUCAUGGGUCUCCGAUCCCUCUUCCGUCGGAAGAAACCCACCUCGCCGUCGGCGGCGGCGGGGGGGUCCGCAUUGGCCACCCCGCUGGGGUCGCGGUCCUCGUCGAUGGGGUCCCGGUCCCGGUCCCAGAUCGAGGAGCUGGAGCAGGUGUUCAGGAAGUUCGACGCCAACGGGGACGGCAAGAUCUCGGCGUCGGAGCUGGGGUCCAUCAUGGGCUCCCUCGGGCACCCGGAGACGGAGGAGGAGCUGGCCAAGAUGAUCCGGGAGGUGGACUCCGACGGGGACGGGUUCAUCGACUUCGGGGAGUUCGUGGAGAUGAACACCAAGGGGGUCGACCCGGACGAGGCGAUGGAGAACCUGAGGGACGCGUUCUCGGUGUACGACAUCGACGGGGACGGGUCCAUCACCGCGGAGGAGCUGCACAAGGUGCUGCGGAGCCUCGGCGAGGAGAGCUCGCUCGCCGAGUGCCGGAGGAUGAUCGGCGGCGUCGACAGCGACGGGGACGGCGCCAUCAGCUUCGAGGAGUUCAAGGUGAUGAUGAUGGUGGGCUCGCGCUACGACGGCACGACGUCGUCCGGCAACAACCGCAACGAGCAGACGGUGUCGAAGACGGAUUGAUCGAGGCAGUUUCAUUCCAAAUUCCGAAUCACAUCUCUCUCUCUCUCUCUCUCUCUCUCUCUCUCUCUCUCUCUGUCUCGCUCUGAAUCUCUGGGAUCUUCUUUCUUCUCCUCGUUCGUUGGAGGGUCUCACGGGGUUAGUUUUCCGUCGUCCAUUGGAAUUGAUUGAUGGUUCUUGAUUCGGGAAUGUUUGAUUCGACGAGCAAAUUGUCUAUAAAUGUUCAAAGUUCUAACUGGAUUCGAUUCAUCA